AUGUCAGGUUUAUCGACCGGAACAGUCGAUGAUUGUGAAGGUUGUGAAAAUCUGCAUGAACUUGAUUUACAUUAUAAUCAAAUCACAGAGAUUGAAAAACAUGCUUUUGUAAAUAUCACCAAUUUAACAAUUCUUGACAUAUUUCGGAAUUUGUUUCCGGUGUACAUUUUACAAAACUAUCAAUUCGAUGCUUUCAUAUCGUAUGCUGAAGACAAUACACGUUUCAUACUUGAUGACGUGAUUCCUCGUCUGGAGACGGAGAAUGUGUCACUUUGUCUUCACCAAAGAGACUUCCUCCCUGGCAACGCAAUUUCCGACAACAUUAUUCACGCCAUCCAGAGCAGCAGAAGGACGGUUGUCAUAUUGUCAAUUGCCUUUCUGAGGAGUAAGUGGUGCAUGUACGAAUUCAACAUGGCGCGAAUGGAGAGCAUAUAUUCUAGGGGGGAGGAUAUUUCGCUUGUAAUUGUGAUGCUAGAACCUGUUCCAAAUAGCACUUUGCCGUUGGAAAUGUUAAGAUGGAUCCAAGAAAAUAGUUAUAUUGAAUACACAAUAGACCACGAAGGAAACGAUCUUUUCUGGAAUAAAUUGAAAAGAGUGAUAACAACUUAG